AGACAGAAAUUUUGCUGCAUUUAGCUGUUGUUUAGUCAUCAACCGAAGAAAAUUUGUGAAGUUAUCAUUUUCUGACAUUUCCGAUAAUAUAGAUAGCUCCACAGAUUUUGGGAAUGGUUUCCAGCACACCCAAACAAAAAUUUCCAAACAAUCAGAACCCAUUUCUGACCUAUCUCUCCCACUUUCAAUAGCUGGGAGAGAGCACACAGAUGCUCCACCACAAUCACCACCACCACCAUCUCUUUCAAUCCCAUUCUCGCCACCACCAUCACCAUCUCCAAUUUGCAUUUUCUAAACCUCUCAAAGAUCCGCGCUCUCUUUCUCGUAAAUUUACUUCUGGGUACUGGAGAUGGACCCGGGAUCUACCUACCUACUUCUCUAAAUCAAAAAGAUACAGAAUCUCACCAUUUCCUGUUGAUGAUGAUGAAACUAGAUGGAGGCAAAAGAACGAGGAAGAUGAUCAGGCAUGGGCGAAUAAUCUUGCUCAUGUAGUUUCGCAGUGGUCUCAAUGUUGUACUAAUGCUAUGGUUGGAUCAAGAUCAUGGAUAGGAGCACUUCUCUCUCGGUCUAGCAAAAAUCGCCAAAACGACAAGAUUCUUAAUUUCUGUAUGAGCCCUCUUCAGGAGCAAAGACUGCAAAGACUUCAAGAACGAUUACAAGUACCUUUUGACGAAACUCGGCUAGACCAUCAGGAAGCAUUAAGAGCACUGUGGCGUGCUUCUUUUCCAGAUAUUGAGCUUAAAGGCUUGAUCUCUGAACAGUGGAAAGAUAUGGGAUGGCAAGGUCCAAAUCCGUCGACUGAUUUUAGGGGCUGCGGAUUUAUUUCGCUGGAGAAUCUUCUAUUUUUUGCUAGGACUUAUCCGGCUUCUUUUAAUAGGUUACUCUUCAAACGGUAUGGUAAGAGGGCAAUAUGGGAAUAUCCAUUUGCUGUUGCUGGCAUCAAUGUGUCCUUUAUGUUGAUUCAGAUGCUGGAUUUGUGUUCAGCAAAACCAAAAUGUCUUCCAGGAAUAAACUUUAUAAAGCUCCUAUCUGAAGAUGAAGAAGCUUUCGAUGUGUUGUAUUGUAUAGCUUUUGAAAUGAUGGAUGCUCAGUGGCUGGCCAUGCGUGCUUCUUAUAUGGAGUUUAAUGAGGUUUUACAAGUAACAAGAACACAAUUAGAAAGAGAAUUAUCUUUGGAAGAUAUACAUCGAAUUCAAGACCUUCCAGCAUAUAAUCUCUUGUACCAAUAGAAGAACUAAUCACUCAAGAAAUGUAACUUAAAAGUUCCCACUGUCCUACUAUGCCGAUGAUUGUAGAGAUAAAAAAAAUAUGUGUCCAAGGCCAUCUUAUUGCCAAUUUUGAAGGCAAAUGAGGAGCCGCACAUCUAGACAUCAUCACUACAGACUCUACAAACUUUGUAUAUCAAACAGAAGGUUGUUCAUUAGCAUAAAUGCAUCAAUGGCACGCGUCAGAAUGGGGUUGAACAUUUGAUGGAUUUCGUGAUCCUAAACCAUUUGGUAUCCAGGUCUGGAUACUCUCUGUUAAAUUGGUUUUUAGGAUCACUCCAGUGAUGUGAACUUUUCUUGGUUAUUAGCGUAGCCAAAUAGAAGAAAAUAGGUCCGGUAAAAGGAGCAGUCGAGGGCAUUGAACAGCAAAACGGGGAUCUUGGAUUUUAUGUAAUGGAAUUGAAAUCAGCUGGCAUUGUAUUAAGGUAUGUUCACCAUAUCAGAUCGGGAGAGAGGAGUUGGUAACGAGGGCAGAUUUUCGACCCAUUGUAUGUAGCAUCAUCAACAGCACACUGAAAUUGUAUGACAAGUUAUUUUCUGUCCUUAUUUUUUUCAAUGUUUUAUUAGGAAAAAGAAUGAAGUUAUAAUGCUUUACUGCAACUGUUGGAUACUAUGACUGUUACAACUUAUACAAUCAUUGAGAUUAUUUGUAGAUUCCAGACCUGA